UUUUCGGUUCUGAGAACUAUUAACACUACCUAAGUAUGCCAUUCACGCUAGCCAAAUCGCUCGAAAAGCGCCACCUUUUGGUCCAACCAUCAGAUCUAGACUUCCUGAUAUUAUCAUGCGCCAUUCUUUACUGCUUCUGCUACAUCUUUUAUACAAUCCGCACCAAACGUGACAGGUUCUUAGCUGGACCCAUCGACUUAAUGUUUGGCAAUUUAGCCUAUGAGAUAUACUAUCCUUUCAUUGUGGCAUCCAGCAAAUUUCAGCUUGCAGGAUGUCUUGUUUGGUUCCUCCUAGACGUGAGAUUCACGUAUAUCGCCAUUAAGUACGCUUGUCCACUGGAAAAGCGCCGUAGAGUAGCACUUCGCUCUGUUCUCGGCAUAAUCGCUGGUGUGGCUUUCCUCCGUACAUUAGGCCAGUAUUUGCCAGAUGAUGGGGAACAAGUCACCGCGUAUUGGACGGGUUGGUUCCUAGAGUUGCCAGUCGGGUGGACCUCAGUGUUGUACCUAUGGAAGCAUGGGCACACUAAAGGGCAAUCGCUGGAGAUCUGGGUCGCAAGAUUCUCUGGCAUCCUUACUGCUAUUAGUGUAUUUAUCUGGCGGUAUCUUAACGUGCCUCAGAACUGGGCGUAUGUUGGAUCUUGGCCGAGUAUUGCUCUGGUGACUGUAACUAUCAUCCCGGAAGUUGUGUAUCCUUUUGCCUUUAUUAGAGCAGAACGGAAGAUGAUCGAGAAAGAAAAGGAGGAGAAAGAGAAGAUACCUUAAAAAAUGGAAUAUCUUUGUAACAGCUUAUAGUCAUCGAUCUUAUUUAUAUAAGUUUGUGCUGCGGAGCAUGAACCUCCAAGUCUCUGAUUAAUACAAUUUAUUUGUCCACUCUGUG